AUGCCUAUCACAAGAACAGGUCGGCAGAGCUCGCCAAGCAAGGACGCUGAUAGUCCCUCCAAGACGCGCGUUCAGCCCAUGCGCGGCGCUCGUCUUCGCAGCGCUUCGCCCUUCCUCGACGCCUCCAGCGCGUCUACCAGCGCCUCGGCAUCUCAAGCGUCACAAGUAUCCCAGGCCGCUUCACCAUCCAAGUCAGCGCGCACCUCGCCCCGGAAGAAGGCUGCGGCUACCGCCUCCCUCCAGGCUCCCACAAGAAGAUCCACCCGCUCGCGCUCGCGCUCCGUCGAUCCCGAGAGCUUGUCUGCCAUCGACGAGGACACUUCGGCUCCGCAGACCCGAGACGCUUCCGAGGCACUUGACUCGGAGACGGACGUCUCGCGUUCCCAGGCCAUCCCAUUAGAAUCGGAGAGGGAUGAAGACGAGGGCAGCAGCCCCGAGUCCCGUCUGCCCGCCAUCACCGAGGAAGUCGACUUGCCAGCAACGAAUGUCACCAACGCAGAAAAGGAUGAUGCCUCCUCGAAGGCCAGCUCCGACAGCGAGGAUGACUCUGCCACCGAUUCCGAUUCCGACUCGAGCUCCAGCGCCAGCUCGGACGAUUCCAGCUCGGACUCCUCGUCUGACGACGACGACGAAGAGGACGCACCUGCCGCCGCAGAUCUUUCUGCACUGCUGAAAGCCUCACAGCAAGCGUACAAGCAGCGAACACCCGCGGCUCCUGCCCAGAACCGAUUCGAAGACAACCAGGACGUGAUCUCGUUCGAUGCCGAUGCUAGCGAGGCUCGCGACUCGAAGCGCGCCACCAAGAACGUGCCUCUGGUCGUCCGAGCCAAGCAGCAGGUGUCCAAGUCGCAACCAGGUCCCUCCAAGAAGAAAGAGGACAAGCUGGACAAGCAGAUCGAAGCUCUCGAACAAGGCGCGAUCCCGGCCGAAGUCAAGAGGUCGAAGCACGCACGCACCGUCCAGACCACCGCUGGUUCCAACUGGUUCGACAUGCCCGAGUUCGGCGCCUCUUCCUCUCGUCUUGCCGCUCUCAAGAAGCAGUCGGCCGCCGACAGUGGCCAUGCCAAGGUCACCGGUGGCGAUGCCCGCCUCGCCUCGGCCGAACAGCUGCGCCGCGAAGUGCAGGCGCUGCGUCUGCGCAACGCCCUCGAUCCCAAGCGCUUCUACCGUGCCUCGGCCAAGAACCAAGCCAUGCCCAAGUUUGCCCAGCUCGGCAAGAUCAUCGCCUCGCCGCUCGAGCCCAAGGCGGUGCUCUCGCGCAAGGAGCAAGGCCGCACCGUCGUCGAAGAGCUCAUCCGCGACGCCGAAGCUGCCUCGUAUGCCAAGCGCAAGUUCUCCGAGUCCCAGGCAAGCCACCGCUCCAACUACAACGGCAGACGCAAGCCUCCGUCCAAGAAGAAGCGCACCUGA